AUGUGUUUCAGCACACUCGCACUUCACACACCAUUUACCGAGAGUGAAUCCAACUCUCCCGCACAACCGCUCGCAGUUUUGUCAUCACAGCUUUUUGCUUCGGUUCCUGAAGCGAUCACUUCCGAAGGAUCCACCCGCAAGCGUGUCGGUCGGGCCUGCGAGGUUUGUCGUCGCAAGAAGGUCAAAUGCAACGGCCAGAAACCGUGCAGCCAGUGCAUUGCUUUCGCAGAAGAGUGCGACUACGUCGAAGUCAAGGAUCGCUCGGCCUACAGCAGGAGAUAUGUCGAAUCGCUCGAGGCCAGGCUGGCGUGCGUCGAGAAUAGCGUUGCCACCCUCUUGCAACGACAGGUACACGAGAGGACGCGCCAGAACUUGCAGCUUACUCAGACAAUGACAGGACAAGGCGAAACAGGAGCAAGGACAUUGCUCGAAUGGCAACGACAGGUCGAGCAGGUGGAUCAAGCAGCCGUACCUCGAGACAUUACCUCGGUCUGCAGGCCGGAAGCGAAUCUUGGCCUUGAACACUCUAGCGACCUCACUUCUCUCUCAGCAACGUAUCUGAUCGAACAAGCAAGUGCUACAUUACAACAUCAAGACUGUCAAUAUACUCCCUUUACUACGAGCUCUGGCCCGAUCCGCAUGCAAGCGUCACAGCAGGCUCAAGCCUUUCAGAAAGAUACCGAACUCUCGCAUGAAGUUGGUGCUGGACCGAUGCCCACCACGCUCCCCAUGGAAGCCGACUUUCUCGCUCUCCUUGAGUCUUACUCUCAACGCAUCUACCCUUUCUUCUCCAUCGCUGUGCCCUCCGAGGUGCACUCAGCCUGGAUCAGGAUCUCGUCGGCCGAUCACUCGCUCCACGUUCACUCCGCGUCCGAGCUUGCGCUGGUCUUCGCUGUCUUGGCUUGUGGCGCGCAGGCACUCCCCAUUAGCCACAUGUCCACACCCUCGGGGCACCUCAACAGCUCAACAGCGCCUCUGUCACGCUAUUCGUCGAACGAUCUCGACGCACACGCUCAAGCCUGGUCGAACAGCAUGAACGAGAUCGGUCCGCGACAUCCCUCAGAAGGAUCGAGACACGCUCAAGUCCACGCUCUCUUGUCGUUUCAUGCUGCUGGUCGAGGCGAUUCCAUGCUGGCCUUCGACUAUAUCAUCAAGGCUCGAAGCGUACCAGCCCUCUCUGCAUCAUCGCCAAGCGAUCGUCACACCGGCGAUGAACGGAUUAUGGCUUCGAUCCAGCUUCUCGAUCGCAUCAUCAGGUCCUCCUUGGGCAGGAUGGCAACUCAGCAGCAAAGCUUUGUGCAACUCCAGACCUGGGCACCCAUCUCGGAGAACUGCCCGGGCAUGGUCUCGGCACUGCACGUCCUCUCCACUCUGUGCAGCGAGAGCGGCUCGGUCGGACGCACGAUUUGCGACCUGCUAGAGCCCGGAUCCCCCGACAGCCCUGCAGAAGACCUCAAGACUGUUGUGCGAGACCGUGACUGCCUCCUUCUUGACUGGUACAGUGCUUUACCUCACCCCUACCGUUCUAUGCCGUCCCACACUUCCGACCCUACAUCGUCGAGCGCAGCGUGCAUCGCGUUUGUCUCUCUGCAAUACGAGCGGGUGCGCUUGCAUCUGGCGCUGCAGCACUUCGCGCGGCGCGCGACUGGUGGGGUCAGCAGGGCAGCAGACGAUGUAGAUCGCUGCGAUCUGGCGCGCUGCCUGCAUCUUUCCGGUGAGACGAUUCGAAAGUUUCCGAUUAUCGCCAAGUGCUUGCAGCCGAAUCCGUGGCUUGUGCUGUAUGCGCAGUGUCUGGGUGCCUCGGCUGCGUUUCUGGCGCUGACUGCUGUCCGAGAGCCCCAUUGCAAUGUGCGCGGGCUGCUGAUGGAUGUCGAGGUGGCAAUGGCUGGGUUGGAGCAGCUUGAAUACGGCGUGCAAGGGGUUGCGGAUGUUCGCACCAAGCUCGCCCGGCUCAUCAGCACGAUCAAGGCGCAAAGCGAGGAUUCACUCGACUCGAGGGCGAGCAAGAAGAGAGAAGCGGCAGAUGGUGGUGUCGGCGAAGGCGCCAGCGUGCGCAGCUCGGAUGUGGUCGACAAGAGGAUCCGAGCAGCUACGUUGCCGCAGGUCGGCUCGCAGCUCGCUGUUUCUCCUAUUCCUCGCGCCGAAACCGCACCUCCCGUGCCUCUCGAACAGCCGCCAGCUGCAACUUCGCUUUCUGCAUCCUCCGAUCAAGCUUCGUCCACAGCCAUGUCGAUGUUCUACCCGCCUGCUCCUGCACCUGCUGGCUCGUCCUCGGUGCCGUGGACCUCACACGACGACAGACAAGCCAGUGCGACCGAGAUAGGAACCUUCAACGCCUUCUGGAACUCUCCCUCGUCCAACGUUGGCUUUGCAUCCUCACAACAUCAGCAGCAGCAACACCAACAGCGGCAUCACAGCCCAGUGAUCCCGUCACAAUCCCAGGUACUGCCGUUCGAUCUUCAACAGCAACAGCAGCUCAUGGCAGGCCUGAUGGGUGACUACAUGCUUCAAGAUCAGCACCCUGGACGACAAGCUGGUUGA